AUGGCUUUCUUUCUAAGGCGCCCAUUCGCUGUGGCCUCGGCGCUUCGCCAGGCCCCUAAGCUUUCAAACACUGCGCGCUUCAUCCACAACUCUCCUAUCAAGCCUCAGGGAAAGCCUCAGGGCAUCUCGUCUGCAAUCUUCGCCAACUCUCGACAGAACUUCCACAAUGCCUUCCGCCGCACCUAUAUGCAGCAGAGCUACAACACUGCCCAAGGUGGUAACAUGACUCAAAAACUCGUUUAUGGCGCCGCCAUUGUUGGCGGUACCAUGCUGGCCACCAACUUCAUCUUCAACCGUGAAACCCGCGAGGACGGCGGCAUGCCCGCUUUCGAACGUGACUUCUUGAACGAAACAUUCAUGCACACUGGUCUCGGUAUUGGUAUCAUUGGUGUUGCUGCUCGCGCUCUCCACAUGAGUGGCUGGUCUUACCGUCUUAUGGCUAUGAACCCUUGGCUCGUCAUGGGUGUCGGCCUCGUGGGCAGCAUCGGCUCCAUGUACGGAACUUUCUACACCUCUCCUGAUAACUACGUCGCCAAGUACGGCUGCUGGACCUUGUUCAACCUCACCCAGGCUGCUCUUCUUUCCCCAUUGAUGUUCAUGAACCCCGCUAUCCUCGCCCGCGCUGGUCUCUACACCGUCGGUAUGAUGGGAUCGAUUGCUUUCGUCGGUGCCACUGCCAAGCAGGAGAAGUACCUGUAUCUUGGUGGUCCCCUCCUCGCUGGUGUGGCCAUUGUUGCCCUCUCUGGUCUCGCCCCCAUGGUUCUCCCCGCCACUGCCGCUCGUACUCUGAUGUGGUCUGAGCGCCUCUGGCUGUACGGUGGUCUCGCUGUCUUCGGUGGCUUCACCCUUUAUGACGUGCAGAAGAUUCUGCACCACGCUCGUCUUGCCGAACGUGGCUUGAUUAAGCGUGAUGUGGUCAACGAGUCUGUCAGCCUUGAGUUGGACUUCAUCAACAUCUUCAUCCGUAUGGUCCAGAUCCUUGGCAUGGGCAGCAACCGCCGUUAA